AUGUGGGACAAAGGGUCGGUUACAAUCUUAAAGACACUGAUGGGGAUGAAACGUUCUGUGACAUACGCAGCUACACUGAUGUUGCUCCUGAUGACCUGCAAGGAAUGCACCGGAUUUAAGGUGGAUCCUCCUGAGGACCUUGUGAUUCUAGACCCUGGUCAUCUUGGACGCCUUGACGUUACAUGGAGACCCCCGGCCAGCUUGAUCAACAUGACAGAGUGCACCAUACAGUACCAGCUGGAGUACUACAACCCAAACAAGGACAGCUGGACGGCCAUCAGGACGCCUGGGAGGUCUUACAACGCUCAGUUCGACCUGAUGAAAGACGUCAGAGUGAGAGUGUACACGCUGCUAGAUGGAGCCUGCACCAAUGGCACCUUGGUCAAGAGCGUGAGCUACACAGAACUGGUUCAGAAACCUUCCAACAAAGGUGUGUUCGGUUCCAGGGUCAAGGAUUUCAUCUGUGUCUUCUAUAGAAUGGAGAACAUGGAGUGCACAUGGGGAAGAAACCCAAAGAUACCAGACAGCUCGCAGCAAAAUCUUUAUUUCUGGCACAAGGAGCUGGAACGAGCUAAGGAGUGUCCAAAAUACAUCGUUUCAGGUGGAGUCAGGAGCGGCUGCAACUUCACGAAGAACGAUCUUCCUCGUUUCACAGAUAUCAAUUUUUGCCUCAAUGGUUCCUCGCCUAAAGGACCCCUGAAACCAACAUUCACCUCCCUGCAAGUCCAAAACCAAGUGAAGCCUGGGGCCCCAGAGAAGCUGUAUUUGCAAAGUAGUCCAGACAAGCAGCUGGAAAUAGAGUGGGAAAGUCCUGUUGGGAGCGUUCCUGAACACUGCCUUGAGUGGGAGGUAGAACACAGUCAAGAGGGACAUGACGGAAAAAUAACAACGCACAAGAUUUCUACCUCAGACAGAAGCCUGACUCUGCCCCUCAUCCCAGACCAUGCAAGAAACUGUUUCAAGGUUCGGUCUAAAUUAAACAACUAUUGUGUGGAUAAAAGCUUUUGGAGCGACUGGAGUCGUCCAACCUGUCACCCAGAAAGGGAAGAAGUCAGCCCAAAACCAGAGCGGGAUAUGGUACGAGUCUAUGUUUACAUAGCUGUUGCCAUCACUGCCACACUGGUGCUGACUCUGGGUUUAUGUGCAAUGCUAAAACUGAGGACAUCAAGACAAGCGAAGAAGCUGAACUCUCUGCUAACCGACCUGUUUGUCAGAAAUUCAGCUCCUACAGUGACGGAGGCCUGA